AUGCCCAGCAACCGCACCCAUAUCAAGAGAGAGCGGGACAACCCUUACCCCGACAUCGACGACUACCGUCACCGUCCCCACCACGACCGGUCCAGGUCCCCUCGCAGAUCGCCGCCUCGAGAUAAGGCUGACAAAGGCAAGGGCAAGGGCAAGGUCAUGCGCGGCAAAGAAGAAGAAGAGGAAAAAGAAGAAAAGAAGGUCUUGGUCCGCAAGCUCGUCAAGGAAGGCGAGUACACUCCCAAGCCUGAUUAUCCGGAGUGGUUGUUAUGGGUCGCCGGUGCCGCAAUCAGCAGGGAGGACCGCAAGAAGCACAAGUACAGCGUGGAGAAGCGCGGUGGCUCUGGAGCCUCCUCUGGUGAGGACAAGGGCAAGGGCAAGGGCAAGGGCAAGGGCAAUGGCAAUGGCAAUGGCAAUGGCAAUGGCAAUGAUCGAGAGCACAUAGGCAAGAAGGAGUACCUGGAGGAGGAGAAGUACGGUCACGGUCAUGGUCAUCACAGUGGCCAGAGCAGAGGCAAUGAUGAUGAUGAUGAUGAUGAUGAUGAUGAUGGCUAUCGUAAUGAGGACGAGCGAUUGGACGCCAAAAUGGAGGAGCUGUUGAAGCUACCGCAUCACGUCCUUGAGGAUAUGAGGGAGGAGGAGGAAGCAAGGCAUGAUGAAAUGCUCAAGCCGAAUUAUCGGCGGCGGAAGUAUGGUGUUGAAAAACGGGAAUGGAACAACGAUGAGCGCGAGACCGUCUAUGAACGUUACAUGCGCUCCUUGCAUGAGGAUCCUUAG